AUGUCACAAAUUCUUCACACAUCGUAUUUCUAUCCCGUUCUAAUUGUCUUACUUUGUUUGAAUGAAGCACUUGUGUAUUUAAUGACAGUAUCAUGCAUUGGAUUUUAUGCACGAAUCAGUGAACCACGUAUCGCUGGAACAUACAUGACAUUAUUAGGAACAAUAUCGAAUUUAGGUCACAGUUUAUCGUCAACAUUGGUACUAUAUAUUGCGAAUUGGUUGCCAAAACCAUAUGCAUAUUCAAUUGAAGUCGGAACUUGUAUUCUACUAGGUUUUAUAUGGAUAGGAUUGACAUGGCGUAUCAUAAGACGUUUGGAUGCAUUACCUGUCGAAGAAUGGUAUUUGGAACCUUCUCUUCUAAUGAUUAAUCAUUCAACAUCUGAAGAAAUAUGA